GUUCCCUAAUUCUUGCCUGACUUCUCAAUGGUGGAGUCAUUUGUCAGUUACAGGGUGGUCUUGUGAAGUUUUCAUUGAAGGAUGAGAAAAGUAUAAUCAUACGAGAGAGUAAAACAUUCAUGCUGUACGGGAGCUGGGGCGUGAGCGAAGACUGUUAUGUAGGCUUUUCCAUAGGAAAGCAUAGUCACGCUUUUACGCACUUCCAGGUGUCUUCUCUUACCAAACUAAAAGUGAAUAAAGAAACCUGACGCUUGACAAACUGUGCUCACUAUCCAAGGCCGGGAUUAUGAAUUUGCAACUUGUUGAUUGUUUUUCAUAAUUGUUUUCUAUCUUAAGCGCGGUGCUGGAGUUAUUUAUUUACUAUUAGGCCUAUGCGCGAUCCAUAAUCAAGACAACCGUUAUCAGCAGGUAGUCUAAUGUGGAUCAAUUGCAAUGUUGUUGAUUUGCUGUUACAACCACACUUUUUUUCUGCAAGAAAUUGUAGGCUGCUCCGCGUGACGAGUGUUAUCCUACUGGUCCAGAUGUUUGGGAUAUUGGAUGUGGGGUGUUGAAACUAGGAUAGAGGACGCUGCCGUGCCUAAACUUUACUCGGCUGUUGGCUAUGGUUUAUCAAAAGCGCUGUUUUGGACUUGGACUUCUAAAAAUAAUGUCGGAGACACCAACGGGACAAUGCCCUCUCACCUGGACGUUGGAGAGAGCUGGACGGGUGCAUUGAGAUUCCCUUAUGCCAGAUAGCAGCGUAUCAUCAUUAAAUAGCUUUUCUGUUUAUAUUUCAUAAAUCCUAAGGAAUGGUUUCCCAGGUGGUGUGCGGACUGGUCUUCAGGCUGCUGCUGCCAGUUUGUCUCGCUGCAGCUUGUCUGUUCCGGUACAAUGGGUUCUCUUUUGUCUACCUCAUCUACCUCCUGCUCAUCCCACUGUUCCCAGAACCCACCAAAACGACAAUGCAAGGUCACACAGGGUGCCUGGUUAAGUCCCUGUGCUUCACCAGUAUGGCUUUCCUGCUGCUGCACAUCAUCUACCAGGUUACCAUCAACAGUCUGCUAGCAGGAGACAACAUAGAACCCAACUUCAACUGUUCAACAUGGGAGAAGUCGGUGCGACAGCUGGGCUUGGAAAGCGUCCGGGGUGCCGAUGCAGGAAAUGGAAUCCGUGUGUUCAUGCCAGACAUCGGCAUGUUCGUGGCGGGCCUGGUCACGUGGCUGCUGUGUCUGAGUCUGGAGGAGAAGCCGCAGGUGAAAGACAAAUCACAGCAGCAUGACGUCGAAUGCGAGUCAGACAGUCAGGUGAGCUCAUCAUCUCUCUACAGACAAACUUCUGCCCCUGGCGUAACUGGAUUUACAGGGGAACCCCACACUCCCAACACCUAUACACACCCAUACACCCUACCCUCGUAAAUGUUGUACUCAAUACAGGCCAGGAACUCACGAAAGAGUAGUGACAAGACUAACAGAGCCCAAAGAAAGGAAAUACUUUUAACGUUCAUAUAUAAAUACAUUAUAUAUACAAAAGUAUGUGGACACCCCUUCAAAUUAGUUGAUUUUAAUAUUUCAGCCACAUCAGUUAGUCAAAUGUAUGCCCUGCUAGAGCUGUCAAUUGUGAAUGCUGUUAUUGUGAAGUGGAAAUGUCUAGGAGCAACAACGGCCCAGCCCGCAAAGUACUAGGCCACACAAGCUCACGGAAUGGGACCGCCGAGUGCUGAAUCACGUAGCACGUAGAAAUCUGCUGUCCUUGGUUACAACACUCACUACUGAGUUCCAGACUGCCUUUGGAAGCAAUGUCAGAAC